AGAGUGUUCUCCACCUGCCUGAGGUAGAGAAGUCAAGCAAGCCCAUAGCAUCCAUCAUCUUUCUUGUAAAGACACCAAAUAGCAGCAGGCUGGGUCCCUGUGCCCUGGGCUCGAUGUCACAGGGUGCACAAGCACUGCUGGGAGCCCUCAGGAAAGUCAUUGCCCACGCAGUGCUGCCUGCCUGGGGCACGCUCUGCCACCGCAGCAGACACUGCACAAGCUGCUGGGCUCCUUGGGGAGCCUUCUGCUGCCAGAAGGGCAAUUUCCAACCAUUAUGGAUUUUACUUCAGAAAUUGUUUUCCCAUAACUGAAAAUAUUAAAUUUUAAUGCUGGUUUUUGUGAGGGGAUGAGGGGGAGGGCACUGUGUGGAAAAACUGACACUGAAGCAUUGACCUUCUGAGAAGUGGAACAACAGAGAUCACCAGACUCGGUCAGCCUGAAAGUUGACAAGGAAGAACUUUUAGUGCACUAGAGUUCAUUGAUGAAUUUCAACGCUGCCGAACUGUCACAGCGGGCUCCAGGACAACUGUGUCCUGCACCAACACCUGUGGCACCCACAGAUCGCCUUCUCUGCAUUUACCCUGCAAGAUUUCUCUGGACUAAACAAACCCAGCUAACGGCCUCACAGGAAGCAGAGACAGCUCAGCAUGAACAACAGCACUGAAAAUAACACGCUGCAGGAUGGCAUCGCACUACUUAAGAUGAUUGUCUACACCCCAGUGCUCGCUUUGGGGAUCCCACUGAACGCAAUUGCCUUCUGGGUCUUCUGCUGCAAACUCAAGGGGUGGACUGAGACCAAGGUGUACAUGAUCAACCUCAUCAUCGCGGAUAGUUUCCUGCUCUGUUCCCUGCCUUUUGUGAUAUAUUUUAACAAGUACAACCAUCCCAUAGACCAGCUGUGUGUUGCCAUAGACAACAUCUAUUUUACAAAUAUGCCUAUGAGCAUCUUUAUUAUCACCUUGAUUGCAAUUGAUCGAUACAUUGCAAUCAAGUUCCCUCUAAAAGCAAAGGCUUUUCGAUCCCCACUGAAAUCAGCUUCUAUCUGUGGCUUUCUUUGGAUAAUGCUCAUAAUUUAUUCCAACGUCCAUCCAAAAUUUCAGAGCAGGUGGGAAAGAUUCUGCUUUCAGAGUCGAUCUCUUGACCCUAGCUAUUUUUCUUUAUUCGCUAAUAUCUUUGGAUAUUUUAUUCCCUUAGGUAUUGUGAUUUUUUGCUCAGUACAAAUCAUCAGAUGUCUCAAAAAGAACAUGGCCACAAGCCCCCAUGAGACAAAAUUAAUCCAGAAGGCAGUGCACAUUGUUUCUGUGAAUUUGUGUGUGUUCACUGUAUGUUUCUCCCCUUUCUACAUUACACUGCUCGUGCGGUUCGUAGUGGAUGUUACAGGAACUUCUUCUAUGGUGUCAGCAGUUAAUACCUCUAUUAAGAUCUCUGCAUGCUUAGCAAAUUCUAACUGCUGUUUGGAUGCAUUUUGCUAUUAUUUUGCAGCCAAGGAAUUUCCAGAAUUUUCUUCUAUGUUCCUCACCUGUAUGAGGUCCAAGACAAAAGAAAGGCAAGAGUCACAGCCACCCACAGGUCAAGUCAUGGCAUGAACAAGGUGCAGUGCACGAGAUGUUAAGUGUCACUCUGCUGCUGAAGUUUUGAGGCGGAGGGUAUUGAACCACCUACAGUAUGUGCAAUCAUUGUAGGUAUAAGCAUACCCACAAAACAGAGCAACUCCCACCAAAGGGUCUGAUAUUAACUUGAAUUUUGCCCUUCUGUCCUCAGUGACUUGACUUCAGCUCUGAUUAUAGUCUUCUAUCAUUGUAUGGCAGCUUCAGGUACCUCCUGGUGAUUUUGGUUGGCUUCAUGGUCCCUCACUUUCAAUGUCUUCUGAAUAAUAAAACUCUCAAAAAUUUCCUCCAUGGACUGCAAA